GGAACUCAAACCAGCUCGCUUUAAACUUAAAGCUCUGGUUGGCCGGACACUUGUCUCAGGCGCUCUAUGCUACGUGGUCCAGAAUAGCAAAAGUAGCAGCAGGACCGCCCACUUUCAACGUUACUUGCUACGUCAGAUUAGCUUUUCGGUAUGCGAAUUCAAAUAGAAUACAACCCCAUCUUCCCGCAACACUGACAAGGUCAGCGACCAACAACCGCAUUUGGGGAUAGACCGCGCCUGUAUUCGCAAAGCAUGAACUUUCAAGUUUCCUAAUUGAAUAAAACAUUUACAACAGAAACCACACUGGGAAGGUUUCACCCUAGAGUAUGUAUACUCUCAGGUGCACCUUCAGAUUCUCGACGGGAGAAAGAAGCUUCCUACAUUCAGAGCAGGGAUCUUAUCUGGAUGGAGCAACAAUAACUGGAAACCCCCCUCACCCAACCCCCAGAGGACAAACACACCACAGCUAAACACAGAGCCCUGAGAGCCAGCCAGGCCAGAGAUGCCACCUCCUGCCACAGGCCCCCCAGCUGUAACCCCCCCAGAUGGGGGCUGGGGCUGGGCCGUGGUGAUAGGAUCCUUUAUCUCCAUUGGCUUUUCCUACGCCUUCCCCAAGGCCAUCACUGUCUACUUCAAGGACAUCCAGAAGGUUUUUGACUGCUCCUACAGCCAGAUAGCGUGGAUCUCCUCCAUCAUGUUGGCUGUCAUGUAUGCUGGAGGCCCCAUAAGCAGUAUUCUGGUGAACACAUAUGGCUGCAGACCCGUAAUGAUCAUGGGGGGAUUACUGUCUUCUGUCGGGUUGAUAUCCGCCUCCUUCUGCAACAGUGUGGUGGAGCUUUAUGUUUGCAUUGGCUUGAUCGGCGGCCUGGGCCUAGCCUUUAACCUCCAGCCAGCUUUGACUAUGAUUGGCAAGUACUUCUUCAAGAAGCGUCCCAUUGCUAACGGUCUUGCCAUGGCAGGCAGCCCAGUGUUCCUGAGCAGCCUUGCCCCUUUCAACCAAUACCUGUUUAAUUCCUUCGGCUGGCGGGGCAGCUUCCUUAUCCUGGGGGGCAUACUGCUCAACUGCUGCGUGGCUGGUUCCCUCAUGAGGCCCUUGGGGCCACCACCAGGCAAGAUCAAGAAGGACGAGGAGAUAGUUGUUGUGAAAACCAUCACCAAGAAGGAGAAGGCAACUUGCUUGGGGACUGUCAACAAGUUCAUUGACCUGUCGCUUUUCAAACAUCGCGGUUUCCUAAUCUACCUGUCGGGCAAUGUCAUUAUGUUCUUGGGCUUUUUUGCGCCCAUUGUGUUCCUGACAGCCUACGCCAAAGACCUAGGCGUGGACGAGUACUCGGCCGCCUUCCUGCUCUCCAUCCUGGCCUUUGUGGACAUGUUCGCCCGGCCCUCCAUGGGACUCCUGGCCAACUCUAAGUGGAUUCGACCCAGGAUCCAGUACUUUUUCAGCUUUGCCGUGCUUUACAACGGGGUGUGCCACUGCCUCUGCCCCCUGGUGGAGAGCUACACCGGCCUGGUGGUGUACGCCAUCUUCUUUGGUUUUGCAUUCGGCAUGGUCAGCUCAGUGCUGUUUGAGACACUGAUGGACCUUGUGGGGGCCCAGAGGUUCUCCAGCGCUGUGGGACUCACCACCAUCGUGGAGUGCUGCCCUGUCCUCAUUGGUCCACCGCUUGCAGGUAAAUUGGUGGACAUCACGAAAAACUACAAGUACAUGUAUUUCUGCUGUGGUGCUGUGGUCAUCCUAGCCAGUAUUUGGCUGUUCAUUGGCAACUUCGUCAACUACCGACUCCUGGCAAAGGAGCGAAAGCAAGAGGAGAUGUACAAACGAACUGAGACGGAAGACCCGGACCAGAAGGAUCCCGACUGGGAGGCCCAGGCCUCACAGGACCUGGUAGACAGCCCCAAAGAUGGGGACGCCAUGCAGAGGGAAACCAACAUCUAGCCCGGGUCCGUCCCACCAACCACCCACCCCUCCACUGCCGCCCUCACACCUCCCUCUGCCGGUUUCAAACUGCAGGCUGAGCUCCACGUAGGACCCCUCCGCUGAGGCCCCUCUGCUUCAGAGAAACUCACUGCCAAAGUAACACGGACGACUACGUCCCAGGAGUGCUGCGGGGCAGAGUGCUCCAUGAAGAGGGUAACGGCGGUGACUACUACUUAAACAUCAGAAUAGUCUGAGGGCAUUCGGCAUGCAAGUUAGGAGGCCACAAGGCCCCUCAAAUAGCCUGGGCCACUAUACCUACCAAACCAGCACCCCGAAUCAACGGUCCAAUCAAAACAGGUAUGUUUUUACCGGCUUCCUGUGUCGGGAGUUGGCGUACAAGUACACAGAAUCUGUCAGUAGUGGUUUAAUGGCAAGAGACAUAUUAACAUGUACUACAUGAACAGACAACGAUGGGUUUGUCUUAGUGAUUCUGGUGCCUGUAUAUUAUACUGCUGUUAAGCUCACUGUGUCCUUUGUAUUUGUUAGCUAAACCUGCACAUGCUGCCAUGCUUCAAAUAGGAAAAAAGAACACUGUAUUAUGAAUUACUGCACAUUGCACAUGGAGUCAGUAUAUACUGCACUACUUUAUCCAAACCAACAAUUAAACAAAUGCAAUUAAAUCGAUUUUAAUACGUUUGAAUAUACUUUUGUAUUUAUUUUCAGGAACAUUAAGAAUGCUUGAUAUUCAAGACCAAAUCAUCUAGAAAUGUGCAAAUUACUCGUUCAUACCAAAUACAGAACCCAUAAGCAAUACCUAUACCAAGCCAUUGUAUUGAUGUACGUAAAUAUAUACAGGGAUAUUCCUUUGGGUAUUCAAUGGUCAUUUCUGAGAGUAGCUGUUUCACCAAUGAUACAUUGCCUUAUGAAAGUGUCUAUAACAUAUACUUUUUCUUUUAAAUGUAAUAAACUAACAUGCAUUUUGUAAAAAGUUAACCAGCUUCUUGAGUGACCUUAUUAUUUUCAACUGUACUCUGUUCAACUCUAACUGCAGUGAAGGUCAUUCUAUGCAUACUGUUUGCUUGAAGAAUGUUGUCGGCAAUUUGUUUUACCAAAUGAAUAAACAGUGUUAAAAAAACUAUCUACUGUACUGAUUCACAAUUCAAAGUAGGGCAUCACUAAAUAUCGCUUUCAUUGCAACACAGAAAUUAGUCAAAAUUAAAUUCCAAAACGUAUGUAAAAAUAAUCAGUAUGUUGAAUAAUAAUUUGAGCAAAACUAAUGUUCAAGCGAUUAACACACUUAACAAAUGAUGUAUGUUGUAUGCAAUGUGUUUUAUUGUGCAAUAGAUCUCCACUGGUACAAUAUUAUUCCAGUGAGAAAAUCAAGAAUUGUAUGUAAUUCCUAUCAUGUAUCAAGAAGUCAUGUUGUAUGUUGGUUAAUUAGCUCAACACAUAAACAUAUGAAAACAGAUCAAUGCAUUGUAAGAUUGCUUUAGUUUGCUUAACAUCCCAAUCUUUGUGCAGCCUACUAACAUUUCCUACAUGGGAAGUAUAUUUUAUAUCAUGAUUUUGUUGUGUGUAGUACAUUUUGACUUGACUGUGGGCCGGAUAACAUUGUGUCACACUUAGUCCUGCUUUUCUUGCUUGUGGGCUUCAGGGCUAUAUCCAGUCACUGACAGCACGGGUCAGUUUGCACUAGUCCAUGAACCAGGUGGGGCAGUAGGACUCACUUGGGGUGUUUUUCCUAUUCCUUCUUCAGGGCUCCCAAUUGUAGCUUUGAGUUAUGAUUCUUUUUUAAUCUUCCAUCCAAUUAUUUUUUCCCAUAGGAUGGCUAGAUUCACAGCAAUCCGCCAGACACACUUUCUGUAGAUAUGAGAAAAUGUAGAUGUGUGUGUGCAUCGUUGGUGCCUCUUUCAUCCAGAAAACAGAGCUGCCCUAUGGAAUUCCAUGACGACGGUUCCAACAUUUUAAUAGACCAACUUUGGCUGUUUCUAAACCAUACCGUUAUGUGAAACGUAUAAUGUUUGUCUAAAGUUAUUAUUAUUAUUUUUUUUAAGUUCAAAUGUUAUUAUGGUUUCUUUGUAAAAGUCAUUGACAUUGAGAGUGGUAACAUACAUAAAUGAUUGCACAGUUCCUCCUACUGUAUAAGAACUGCUAGUCCACAAGGCAGACAUAAUGUUUGGGUCUGGCUCAUGGACUAGAACAUCGGGUCUGCCUCGUGGACUAGCAGUUCUUAAAGGAGGGACCGUGCAAUAAUUUGUGUAUAUCAAAUACCACUGACCCCUACUGGUCUUAGACCAAAUUUAACCAUCACUAGCUGGCCUGUUAGAAUGACACAUUCUCAGUGGUGGCUGUAUCGUGAGAAUAUAUUUUUCCCUUUAGAAUUUUUGUAAUAGAAUUAUAUCUGGUGUCUUUUAAUUUUUAUGAAAUAAGGGUAGUUUCAAAAGUAAGUGUAGUAAUUUUCACAGCCUGUCAUCAUUUCAAAAUGUAGAUUUUGAAACCACAAAGCGCAAGGUGUGUGAUAUGAGAACGUAUACCAUGGGUAUGACAUCUUAUCACUUUUUACGGCUCUAAUUGCGUUGGUUACCAGUUAAUAAGAGCAAUAAGUAAUCUGGGGGGGGGGGUUUGAUAUAUCGCAAAUAUACCACAGCUAAGCACUGUGUCUAGGCAUUCUGUGAUGCUUUGAGCAUAAGAACAACUCUUAGACGCGGUAUACUGGCGAUAUACCACACCCCUAGAAACCCUAUUGGUUACAUACAGCAUUCCUAUCAGCCAAUCACCAUUCAGGAUUCAAACCACCCGGUCGAUAAUACUUAAUAAACACUGAAAGUGCAUCUGUGCUAAAGCUGUUUGAAGGGAGUUGCGACUGGUAUUGAGUAAAAUCAUGUUUGUUUCCAUUUUCAACCAUGUGUAGAAUGAGUAUGAUUUGAGUAUGUGUUUUGUGUAAUCACAUGAUAUUUGUAAAUCAAGAAAAGCUUAGUGUGCUUAUUGUCAUGACAGACAGUUGGAAUUAGCUAAACUGUGUUAUGUGUUCUGCUGUUGUUAUAAUUACCAACCACGUAUUUAACUGUUUAUUUCCUUUCAAUACAAUGUAUCCUGUUAUGUUAUUGUGACAGAAACAUAACGAAUAUGAUUGCAAUUCUUUCACUGGUAGUCUACUCUUUAUUCCAACUCAACACAAUAGACUCAAGAGGCUUUAACUUUGAUUUGUGCCACAAUUAUGACUGAUACUGUAUAAGAAAUAAAAUACUUCUCUAUUCGCAUUGCACACCUAC